CGGGAGCGGGGAGAGGAAGCGGCGGCGGCGGGGGGUGCGGCGGGCGGUUGGCGGCGAUGUGAGCGCUGCAUCUCUCCUCACUGCUUCUUCAGGCUCUUUUUCUCCGGAGUUUUUCACACGGCCGCCCCCUCCCCUCGGUUUUUUUUUUUCUUCUAUAGAAAUAUACCUGUCUGUAAACACACGCCUACACUGCUUUUUGAGGUUUAGUGGUUUGGUUUUUUCGGAGGGUGCUCUUUUUCCCGCAGAGGCCAAAUACUCGAUCCGGCGGAGCGUGUACCUUGGGUAGCAGGGCAGAGCCCCGCGGCCAGGGGCUCCCUCAGGCACCUCGCUCCGUCUCGCCCGCCGGUGCCACCCCCGCAGCGCCAUGGAUCACCAACCCAAGUUCUUCGAGAACCUGUCGGGCACCGGGAAGGCCAUCGGGGUGCUGACCAGCGGCGGCGAUGCCCAAGGUAUGAAUGCUGCUGUGCGCGCAGUAGUACGCAUGGGAAUCUAUGUAAAAGCCAAAGUGUAUUUUGUUUAUGAGGGUUACCAGGGAAUGGUUGAUGGAGGUGAUAAUAUUGUAGAAGUUUCAUGGGAAAGUGUUUCAAGUAUCCUGCAAGUGGGAGGUACAGUUAUUGGUAGUGCACGCUGCAAAUCUUUUCGUACCCGUGAGGGCCGCCUGCAGGCAGCCUUCAACUUGGUUCAGAGAGGAAUCACUAAUCUUUGUGUGAUUGGCGGCGAUGGUAGCUUAACUGGUGCCAAUCUCUUCCGUGAGGAAUGGAGUGGACUUCUGGAAGAACUGGCACAGAAAGGAAAGAUUGAUGAAGAUGCUGUUAAGAAAUAUGCCUACCUAAAUAUUGUGGGAAUGGUUGGAUCCAUAGACAAUGACUUCUGUGGCACUGAUAUGACCAUAGGUACUGACUCAGCCUUGCACAGAAUCAUUGAAGUUGUGGAUGCCAUCAUGACCACUGCUCAAAGUCAUCAGAGGACAUUUGUUCUGGAGGUUAUGGGGAGACACUGUGGGUAUCUAGCUCUUGUUAGUGCCUUAGCCUGUGGUGCAGACUGGGUAUUUAUUCCUGAAUACCCACCAGAAGAAGGAUGGGAAGAUUCAAUGUGUGUUAAGCUUUCAGAGAAUCGUGCACGAAAGAAAAGGCUGAAUAUUAUUAUUGUAGCUGAAGGAGCUAUUGAUUGCCACAACAAACCUAUAACGUCAGAGAAGGUUAAGGAUCUUGUGGUUCAGCGGCUGGGUUUUGACACCCGGGUAACUAUCUUGGGUCAUGUGCAAAGAGGUGGAACGCCUUCAGCUUUUGACAGAAUUUUGGCAAGUCGUAUGGGUGUGGAAGCUGUGCUUGCCCUUUUAGAAGCUACUCCAGCUACCCCUGCCUGUGUCGUGUCCCUGUCUGGAAACCAGGCUGUCCGCCUGCCUCUGAUGGAGUGUGUGCAGAUGACUCAAGAAGUCCAGAAAGCCAUGGAUGAGGGAAGAUUCGUUGAAGCUGUGAGGCUUCGUGGAAGGAGCUUUGAAAACAACCUUAACACCUACAAAUUACUGUCGCACAAAAGACCAGAUGCCGAGCUUCCAAAGACUAAUUUUAAUGUGGCAGUUUUAAAUGUUGGUGCCCCUGCAGCUGGAAUGAAUGCUGCAGUGAGGGCUGCAGUGAGAGUUGGCAUCACUGAAGGCCAUAAAAUGUUUGCUGUCAUUGAUGGAUUUGAAGGUUUUGCCAGAGGGAAGAUAAAGGAGAUCAGCUGGGGAGAUGUUGGAGGCUGGACUGGUCAAGGAGGGUCAAUUCUUGGUACAAAACGUACUCUUCCUGCAAAAUAUUUGGAGAAGAUUGCUGACCAGAUGCGCACUAACAACAUUAACGCCCUUAUGGUUAUUGGUGGAUUUGAGGCCUAUGAAAGUUGUCUGCAGCUACACGAGGCACGUUCCCGCUUUGAGGAGUUUUGUGUACCUAUCUGUGUGUUGCCAGCUACUAUUAGCAACAAUGUGCCAGGCACAGACUUUAGCAUUGGUGCUGACACUGCCUUGAAUGCUAUUGUGGAGACCUGUGAUCGCAUCAAACAGUCGGCCAGCGGUACCAAGCGUCGUGUGUUCAUCAUUGAGACCAUGGGUGGUUACUGUGGUUAUCUGGCCAACAUGGGGGCGCUCGCGGCAGGAGCUGAUGCUGCUUACAUCUUUGAAGAGCAGUUUGAUAUUCGAGAGCUUCAGGCCAAUGUGGAACACUUGACUGAAAAAAUGAAAACCAGUAUCCAGCGUGGUCUAGUGCUGAGAAAUGAGAACUGCAAUGAGAACUACACAACUGACUUCAUUUAUCAGCUGUAUUCUGAAGAAGGAAAAGGAGUGUUUGACUGUCGAAAAAAUGUAUUGGGCCACAUGCAGCAGGGUGGUGCACCUUCACCAUUUGAUAGAAACUUCGGGACAAAAAUCUCUGCAAAAGCCAUGCAGUGGAUCUCCAAAAAACUGAAAGAAACCUACCGAAAAGAAGAAGGAAAAGUAUUUGCCAAUACCGAUGACUCGGUGUGUUUGCUGGGAAUGCGGAGACGCAACCUUGUGUUCCAACCUGUGGCUGAGCUGAAGACUGAAACAGACUUUGUCCACAGGAUUCCCAAGGAGCAGUGGUGGCUGAAGCUGCGCCCACUGAUGAAAAUCCUGGCCAAGUACAAGACCAGCUACGAUGUCUCAGACUCAGGGCAGCUGGAGCACGUCGCCAUGCACAGCCCAAAGGAAGCAGAGACCGGAGCCAUCUAAAGACAUCACUUUUAGAUCCUUGUACUAGAUGCACAUUGUGGGUAACAAUGCUUUAGAAUCGUUACAGCUCUGUUUUGUAACAUUUAAAUUAUUGUACCAGCACUUUAUGUGAAACGAGACGUUCAGAUGUCACAGAGAUUUUGUCCUGUAUUUGUGUUAUGUUUGAAACAAACCCUAGCAGCCAGUAGGUUAAGCACCAGUUACUGCUACUACCCAUUAACAGAAAGUGCAACACCCGUUCUAUGCACUCUGUAAGUUACUCAUCUACUGCACUUUGUUUCGGAGUACUUACACCCAAAAAUAAGUGUAGCUGCCUAGCUUUGUGUUGAGUUACAGAAUGUGCUUAAUGUAUCUGAAGUGAAAUAAAGUACUGUUGCAAACAUCA